AUGUUUCAAUUUGUACUUGCUGGAUGGGAAGGGUCAGCUUAUGAUGCAGUUGUUCUUAGUGAUGCAAUUGCAAAAGGAUUUCAUAUGCCUAGACAAAAUUUUUACCUAGUUGAUCAUGCAGGCUAUACAAGUUCUUCACAGUUUUUUACCCCUUAUAGAAAUGUUAGAUAUUAUUUGAAGGAACAAAUAAUAGGAAACCAAGUGUGAGUACUCUUUUAAUAUCUAUUUAGAUUUGUUUUUUUUAAGUAUGACAAAACUUUUACUAAUUAUAUUAGACCAAGCAUGGUAAAAGAACUCUACAACCUCCAUCAUGCAUCUGCACGAAAUUGUGUGGAAAGAAUCCUAGGAAUGCUUAAGUACCAGUUUCCAAUCUUA